AUGGAGUUGGCUGAGGAGAGCCCAGCAGCACCGUGGGAGGUGCCGCGGAACCCCUGCCGCAUGAGCUGCCGGAACGGAGGGCACCUGGUGCUCAGCUCCUGCCUCUGCGCCUGCGCCCCCGGAUACACCGGCCGCUACUGCCAAGUGCGGUGCAGUGGGCAGUGUCUCCACGGGAAGCUGCGGAAGGAGGAGUGUUCCUGCCUCUGCCACCCGGGCUAUGGCGGCGCCGACUGCGGCAUAAAGAUCCACUUCCCCUUCCACGCCUGCGACGUGCGGAUCGACGGCGACUGCUUCAUGGUGUCCCCCGAGGCUGCCACCUACUAUGGAGCCAAGAUGAAGUGUCAGGAGAAAGGGGCCACGCUGGCCCAGGUCAGAAGCCAGAAGGUCCAGGACAUCUUGGCUUUCUACCUCAGCCGCCUGGAGAGCGGCAACAGGGUGACAGACACGGAUUUUGAAACUGGGAACUUCUGGAUCGGGCUCACCUACAAGACAUCCAAGGCCUCCUUCCGCUGGGAUGUUGGAGAACCCUCCUCCUUCACCAGCUUUGCCUUCGGGCAGCCGGACAACCAGGGGUUUGGGAACUGUGUGGAGAUGCAGGCACUGGCUGCCUUCAACUGGAACGACCAGCGCUGCAAGACCCGGAACCGCUACAUCUGCCAGUUCAACUUGGACAUGGCCCGGGAACCCAAGCCCAGCAGGGCCAGGCUGGGCCAGAAGAGGCAGCACAGCAGCCUGUACCACAGCUCCUGCCAGCUGGACUACGAUCUCUACAGGGACGACUUCCCGUACCGGGUGUACGAGUACCAGAAGAUCCCCCCUCUCAUCAACCGCAUCCCUGUCAAGGCCAGAAGGACUCACGGGGGAGGAGGAGGAGGAGGAGGAGCAGGAGGAGGAGGGAAAACCAGCCCCAUCCCUUCCCAGUCUGUGGUCAGGAGCAGCAGCAGCUCCACGGCAGGACGGACAAAGUGGGGUGCUAACGAGUCCUCUCCCCGCAGUGAGGGCAGAGGAGCUGCACUCCAUCAAGGGGGAGCUGAGCCAGAUCAAGGCUCGGGUGGACAAUCUGGCCUGGAGCGCAUGGACCAGCGCCGGGAGCGGCUCCCGGGGUCCAAGGAGAGUGAGAAGAAGAGGGCAGAGCAGGGGCCAGAGUCACCAUCCCCAGAGGGGCCCCGGGGGAAGGAGGGGACGGGAGGCGACGGGCACAGCGACAGCGCAGAGGAGAGCACAGACACGGAGGAGAUGGUGAAAAACCACAUGUCGGACCCCGAGGGGAGCCAGUAG